AUGCCUUUGCAGCCGUUUAAGAUUGGCAAAAAGCCAGACAUCCGCCUGGUUGUUUACGGAGAUACCAUUUACAAGAUAAAAGUGACUUGCAGACAGUCUUCUGAUAGGUAAGCAAUCAUGAUUUUACUCGGGAACACAUUGACGUCUGCCUCUCUCAGCUGUGCAAUACUCGUUGCAAAUGUCCGAAUUUACGAAUUUACAUGUGCCAUUGAUAAGCUAAUUAACAAACGCAACUUGACUAAUAAAAAGAUCUUGCAGAGGUUUGGAUGAUCAUAAGACACUGAGAACUCUUUACUGUGCUCUAGUAAGAUCAAUCAAAUUUUGAAUAGUGCUCUUUGAUAAUGGUCCACUCAACAACAAACAACAACAACAAAUUAAAAAGCAUUAAAAAGCAAAGAAAGGUUUCAGAAGAGUAAUUCUUGUGAUUGUGGCCUUUUGUUUUCGGGAUUUAGCUUAAAGGAAAACCUGAGCAGGCUUAUAUACUACUGGUCUAGCUUGUUGUUUACUUAACUGAAAAAUUGUUUUCUGGUGCCAACCUUAGCAGUGAAACUGUUUUAGGCAUUUUUGAUCAAGUUCCUUUUUUAAAACAUUAAUUUUUUGUGCUUUUCUAACAAAACAGAGAGAGUAUUCGUAAAUUAUGCCAAGAAGAAAAGAACCAUAAAGAUUUGGAGGUUAGUCUAUAGGCACUUAUGUCUUAAAUAUUUCAUUUGUGUGGCUUGUUUUAAACUCUUAAACCAUACAAUCAGAGUUACGUCUGUUUUCCUAAAUAAGCUAGGAAGGUAGAAUGAAGAAUGGCAGUCAACUUUUUUGGGCUAUGUAAGCAAAAAAUGUUUAACUGAUUUUGUUUACAGAGUACCCUAGAAUUUACAUCCUCAGUGGUCCAAACGUUGUGAUUCAUUAUUUGGAAUACAUGUAUAUAUAACUCAUUAGAAGCUGCAUUUUAUGUAAUAAUUGUUUAUGGUAAUAUUGCUUUAAUAUGUUUCCUGAGCAAGUGUUUUGUUUCUCCCAUUAGAGAGUUGUCUGUGCAAUAUUAAGUUCAGAUGAUCUAACUCCUGUGCAGACAGACAGUUUUGUCAUCUAUCCAUGUAUCCUUUUUGUUAUUUUAUUAGCACUACUGUUUUACCUAAAAUCUUAUGUCUUGACCACUCACCUAAACGCUGUCAAGAAUAUAUUUAAACACUCAACAAACAUUAACUACGUGUGUUUCACAGUGUGUUUCUGCAAAUUUCAUGGUGAAUUGUCGUCUCACUUUUUUGGAUUCCUGAUGAUCAGGGAUGGUGCAAUCUCACACCUCAGUUUAUCUAGUCAUCUAAAUUGCUUUAUCCAGAAAAAGUCUCAUAGUUGAAGGGGUGUGUGCCUUUUGUUUGUUUUUUAAACGAAAAAGGUAGUUUCAUAACACCAAGAGUCACUUUCACACCCCCCUUCAGUUAAAGUACCUAAUUUAAUCUAAGCAAUAAUAUAUUAGUUAUAGUUAAAGAGUCUCUUAAUGUUGUGAACCUGAUUUGAUACAUGAAUGCGUAACAAGAAUUAUUGGUUUCUAUGCCUCGACCAAUCAUAAUUUAAAAAUUAACAAUUAUUUAAAUUUGAAAAGAAACUUAAUAAUCAUGUUAGACAGAACCCGUUGGGAGACUAGGGAAAAAGUCCUUUUUUCUCGACAUGGCCAGGCACUUGAAGCACACAAGUAUGCAUUCACCUUGUAUGUGGAAGAGAAGCAGGCAGGCCACAGACCUCAACUAGGUGUGUAGCAACCAUAGCUUUACUUCCAUCUAGUGGUAUUUGGCCGUCAAUAAAAUUGUAUAAUAAACCCUUCCACAGUUUUAUUUUAACUUCUGACUUGAACUAGUUAAUGAAAAUCCAUCAGCAGGGCCAAUAAGAAGGACUCAAAAUUAAUAGAAAUGCCAAGUUUGAACGUGAUGUGUAUAUAAACUACAUUGUUUAAUGAAAGUCACCAAAUUUUGCAGAGUUGUAUGGUGGUGGGCAAGUGCAUGCCACCCUUCAUAGAGACAUCACUCUGUAAAAUUAUCAUCUCUGUCCAUAACUAUGUUUAUGUGUGGUUUGUGAUGUUGACAACUUUUAGGGAGAACUUCAGAAAAGGAUGAACAGUCAGAUGAAGCAAAAGAGGUACAUUUUUUUGUUAUUUUUCAUUAACUAGAACUUUCCUCUUCAUCCUCAUCUUCUUUGGAUUCUUGAACUGUAUUAAUCAGGCUUUUACUACUGACUUCUAUUUACUUUCCUUCAGUCUUACCACUCUCUAUCAGUUAUUAAAGUUACACUUAGUGGUGCGAGGCCAAAAUCAUGGUUUAACAAAUUAUGAUUGUAGAAACAGUUAAGCUUUUGAUUGUCAGAAUCACCUUUGAAACUAAGUGGAAAAAUCCAAGAUGAGCACAGCUCUAUUAUACAGCAUUCUUAAAUGAGAUGAAACAGAAAAUUUAUGGUGAACUGACAGGUCAUCAAAAUUUAAGCUCUUCAAAUUUUCAUACUAGAUGCUAUUUCAGACUUCAGCUACGCCAAGCUUACCCAAGUCAUGUAGUCUAGUGCCCGUAGGUGUUUUCAGUGUAGCUAUUUAGCCAGAGUUAAAUCGUUUUAUGCAAGUUCCUAUAGGAUUAACCUGACUCUCCCAUCCCUGAGUUAGAAUAAUCAAUUUUGGUCUUAACCAUUCGUCUGUAAUAUUCAAAGAUUUAACUGUGGUAUGUAAAGAUUGAUGAAAGACAUCAACUUUAGUGGUCUAGUAGGAAUUACCCGGCAUACUGCAAUUUCCCUUGGGUGUUUAAGCACAGUAAUUAACCAGCGUGUCCAAAUUUAAUGUGCUGCAGCCUGUCAAUGUUGCUGAAGAGAGAAUGGGUAUGCCCCCGACAAGUUCAUCAACAGUGAAAGGUUGGUUGACUCUGCAAGUUAACCGAUAUAAUAUCAUAAUUAUUAUUGUAUUGUAUUCCUGACAGUCUGAAUCAAGCCCACAUUGUUUCUUGCUUGGCUUUCCUUUUUUGGCUAGGCUGGUCCAUUCAAACCAAAAUAAUAAUAUUGUAGGUGAUGAAACAAAAUACUUUCCAACAGUUACAAAGGACUUUUGGAACAUUCAAUCAGAAAAGAGAACUUGACGUUUUCUACUUCUGCAAGUGUAGAAGGCACAAAGAUGUUUCAUUGACAAAAAUCAAGAACAGUGCAUUAGAUCACAUUCACCUUAUCUGGAAAGGGUCAAGCUUCAAUGGCAAUCAAAUUCACAACUGUUUUAAAGUGGAAAGUAUGUGGGAGGUGUGAUACUUUUUGACAUGCAUAGAGAAUUUUAUUUUUUGAAAGGCGAAAAGUGGUUUUUAAAUAAAUGUUGAUAUGACCAUGAUAUUACGGUACGUUUGUCCCGCUGGAAUUAAGCUUUCUUGUUGCAAAACAACCAGGGAUUGUUUCUGUGUAAAUUUGUAUAUGAUUGAAUACUAGUGACUGAGUAUGGACAGAAGAAUCGACAUGAUGUUGAAGAGAAAGAUUUGAAAGAGUUUCUUAGAUUACAGAAGUUAGCAAGUGAAGAUGAUGAAGAACAAACAGAUGGUAAUUAUAUG